AUGGGAGGCAUGGACGGCGGCAUGGGGGGUGCUUCAUGCAAAAUCUCGAUGCUGUGGAACUGGUACACCAUCGAUGCCUGCUUCCUCUCCUCGUCAUGGCACGUGACGACCAAAGCCACGUUUGCGGUGUCGUGCAUCGGCGUCGUGCUGAUGGUCGUGUGCCUCGAAGCGCUCCGCCGUGCCGGUGUCGAGUUCGACAAGGCGUUAUCGCGCCAGCUGCUGCAGCGCAAGCUCGUGCUCGAGUCGGACCUGCCUCCCGAAGCCACGACCCGUCAGGUGGUGAUCCGCGUCACGCCGCUGCAGCAGCUGGCACGCGCCGUGCUGCACGCCGUCACGUUCGGGCUGGCGUACAUCAUCAUGCUGCUCGCCAUGUACUUCAACGGCUACAUCAUCCUCUCCAUCAUCCUCGGCGCGGGCAUCGGCAAGUUCGUCUGCGACUGGAAGCUCGCCACCUUCACGCUCAAUGCCGACACGUGCGAUCGGGCGAGUCGCACCAGCUCGGCACAGUGCCCAUCGACGCAGACCAAGCUCAACGCGCUGCUGCAACAAGACGCAGAUGCUCCGGGCGCACGCUCGCACACGGUGUGUUGCGAAUGA